AUGGAUCUGGGGAGGACGCCGCUUGCAAGGCUGCCCUCCGGCGAUGUGCGACUGUCUGAUGACGUCAUCACUCAGGAAGACCUAGCUUACGCCAUCAGCAAGCUGGGGGCGUUUGGCGACGACAAUCGGGCGGGGAUCGACCGCACUCUGCACCGGAUUUCCUGCAUGCGCAAUCGCGACGGGCGAAUCAUCGGGCUGACCUGCCGGGCCGGCCGGGCGGUCCCGGGCAGCGCUGACAUGGCCGCUGACCUCAUCGCCUCCGGCCGAUCCAUCCUCUUCAUGGGGCGGCCGGGGGUGGGCAAGACGACGGUGAUCCGCGAGACGUCGCGGCUGCUAUCGCAGCUGCACCAGAAGCGCGUGGUCAUUAUUGACACGUCUAAUGAAAUCGGCGGUGAUGGUGACAUUGCUCACAUCGGCAUCGGCCGCGCGCGCCGCAUGCAGGUGUCCAAGGUGGCCGCGCAGCACCGCACCAUGAUCGAGGCGGUGGAGAACCAUAUGCCCGAAGUUGUGAUAGUGGACGAGAUCGGCACGGAGGCGGAGGCAUUGGCUGCGCGCAGCAUAGCGCAGCGCGGAGUGCAGCUGGUGGCCACGGCUCACGGCGGGGAGCUGGCGCGGCUCAUCAAGAACCCCACCCUCUCCGACCUCAUUGGCGGCAUCCAAGCGGUGACGCUGAGCGAUGAGGAGGCGAAACGGCGGAAGGGCCCCAAGACUGUCAUCGAGCGGUGUGCGCCGCCGACAUUCGAUGUGGCCGUGGAGAUUAUUGAUCGCAACACGUGGCGCGUGCAUCUCGACCUCGCAGCCGCCGUCGACGCCGCGCUCAAAGUAAUGGAGGAGAGCAGUGACCGAGAGCCGCGUGCAGGCGGCAGCGAGGCGGAGAGCUCGUGGAGCACGGUCGGCUGGUACGGCGGAAAUGUGGACGAGGCGGCCAUCGCCAUUCUGCCGCACGGCCUGGACGGGCAUGGUGUCAAGGAUGUCAUUGCCGGGCUGGGCCUGCAGCGCAGCGUGCUCCUCACACCCCACCUGCAUGAGGCUGACGCGGUGCUGACGGUGCGGGAGCGGCUGCGCGGCGGCGGCGACGAUCUCAUAAACGAGGCGCGCGCGGCCGGGCAGGCAAUCUUCUCCAUGAAGAGCGGCUCGCCACCCUCGGUCAUCAAAGCCAUCCGCGCCCUUGCCGGCAUUUACCCAUCUCCUCUCUCCCUUCGCGACGCCUCUGCAGCGACGAACUACAAGAAGAAGAGCGCGGCCCUCGAGGAAGCUAAGGCGGCAGUCGAGGAGCUGGUGCUGGCGGGAGGGCACGCCGCAGAGCUGCUGCCGCGCUCACCAGACAUUCUGAGCGCUCAGGAGGACUUGGUGCGCUCAUAUGAUCUGCCCUUCGAGGUGGUGGGCAGCGACGCGGAUGCGCGGCUGCGGAUUCUGCCGCAGGGUUACGUGAGCGGUGACAAAGAGCGCAGCCUGGGCGCUGAAUGGGACAGCAGAAACAGCGGAUGGCACACUAGCUGACGCAGAUCAUUAUAUUCAAUUCUCUCCAGACUGUUAAUCAGAACAAUUGGAUUCUGCGUCUACUGCUUGGCAUGACAGGAGCAUUUUAUUGGUGCAUCGAGGCAGGCUGCCCGCCAAAAAAGCACUGAAACUAAGGUGUACAUUUUAGAAGUGGAAGGAAAAAAGCUGCACCACAUUGGGGCACAUCAGAAAUGAAUAUCAGGAGGUAGACAGAGGGGAUUGGCCAGUGUGAUUGAUCCAUUGGUUGGAUCAUUCCUGUAUUGAGAAAGGGUAGGUCCAGGAUUGAGUGGCACCCCAAACUUGGGCAGCCCAGGAUUGUGAAGGAUUUUGGUCAGCCAAAAUAAAAUUAACACUGAUAGUACCUCGAGACUUCCUUUCAAAGACACAGCAUACUUGAUGAGCACUGAGCCUGACCAGCAGAGCUCAGCACCAAAAACUCGUCGAGAAGAGAAGACAUACCAAGCUUUAAAUUGAAAUGGUUUUUUCUUGUCUCCGGUAGGACUCCACCUUAACUGAUCAGGAAGAGACGAGGCAUGUUGUAGGACAUGGAAGAGACGAGGCAUGUUGUAGGACAUGUUUAUUGCCACGACGUCGACUGUGCUGUCCUUUACUAGCACCCUCGCCACAACUGUGCCAUUGAGAGCACUCUAGCUGUUAGUAUGAUUGCGAGAUC